AAAACAAGGAUGUCUGGCGAUCUGUCCCUGGACAUUAACAUCAAGAAGCCACGAUGGGACCAGAGCACAUUCAUGGGCCGCGCCCAGCACUUCUUCUUCAUCACUGACCCCAGGAACAUUCUGAAGUCCUCUGAGACCAUGGAGGAUGCACGGGUUACUGUGGAGAAAUACAGGUUAGGAGUGGUGAAGCCAGGUCUGACAGAAGAUGAGUUGUGGAGAGCCAAGUACAUCUAUGACUCUGCCUUCCACCCUGACACUGGCGAAAAGAUGGUGGUGGUGGGACGCAUGUCUGCCCAGGUCCCCAUGAACAUGACCGUCACUGGCUGCAUGCUCACAUUUUACAGGACGACUCCAGCCGUUGUGUUCUGGCAGUGGGUGAACCAGUCCUUUAACGCUGUGGUCAACUACAGCAACGUUAGUGGAGAUGCUGCCCUCACCACCAAUCAGCUGGCUGCAGCGUACAUCAGUGCCACCACAGGAGCUGUAGUCACAGCCCUGGGACUCAAGGCUCUAGCCAAGCGCCUUCCAGCCGUCAUGAGCCGGUUCGUCCCUUUCUUUGCUGUAGCGGCUGCCAACUGUAUCAACAUCCCCUUCAUGAGGCAGAGGGAGCUGAAGUACGGCAUUCCAGUGACGGAUGAGGAAGGGAACCGGUUAGGAGAGUCAGUCACCGCUGCCAAGUCAGGCAUCAUCCAGGUGGUGGUGUCCAGGAUUGGCAUGGCUGUGCCAGCUAUGGCUAUCCCACCUGUAAUAAUGAACGCCCUGGAGAAGAAAGCCUUUAUGAAGGUAAUGUUACAAGAGACGAAUGGAUGCCUGUCAUGCUCUCAACAGUCAGUGGGUUUAUGGAGCCGGUACUACAUACAGUCAGUGUGUGUGGAGGAUAAUCUGUGGCAUGUAGCCACUGUUGUACUAAGCCUACCCUCUAUUUGGAGUUCAAACCACAGAAUCAAAUAGUGCCAUUCUAUGUGUGGGGUUUAGCCAUGUAAAAUAUGCUACUUGUUUGUUGGUGUCAUGAGAGGCCAGUGGAAAUCCAGGCUUCUGUGUUUUGUCGUGUCUGAUAUCCUGUGUUGAUCCACAAUCUCUAGCCUGGUCCCAGAUCUGUUUGUGCUGUUUUGUCAAUGACCAUAUGAGUAAGCACAAACAGAUCUUGGACCAGGCUUGUUAAGCUCUUCAACACUGUCAGUGUAAUGUCUACAGUGCCUUGCGAAAGUAUUCGGCCCCCUUGAACUUUGCGACCUUUUGCCACAUUUCAGGCUUCAAACAUAAAGAUAUAAAACUGUAUUUUUUUUUGUGAAGAAUCAACAACAAGUGGGACAC